AUGCUCGAGGCUUUGGAUGGAAUCGAGGCAGCCGUCUACAGAGGGCAAGAUCGGCUCAAGGAGAGUGACAGAAGAGCCUCCAGCGUUUCAUUUCACAAGGUUUUGCCAAUUCCCAUUAAACAACCAAAACAGAAAAAAUCUUCGGUAAGCAUCAAUCAGAAGUCGAUUGUGCACAUAACUUCACCAAGGAACUCGACAUCAUAUUCGGAGAGCACGAGGUCAUCAAGUGAGUCGCUGUCGUCUGAUGCCAGGUCGCGGAUUUCCUUCCGGAAACGUACCAACUCGCCACCCAAAGUCGCGGCUCCUGUUCUCUUGCCGCGACAACCCAGCUCGCACACAUUACUGGUAUUUAAAAUUUCUAUGUGA